GGAGAGAGGGAGGGGAGGGAGCGGCGGAGCACCGUGUGGCGGGGAGCGCGAGGGACCAAAUGCCUGCGCGGACGGGAGGCGGCCGCCACCGCCGAGACGGGAGCCAGUCGCGGCGCGGCCAGCGGGGGAAACCUGACGCCGCCGCGGCCGAGGCGCUGCCGUUGCCGCCGCGCGGGGCCCGGCUCUGCCCCGGCCAGGUGGGCUGCGAUGGCAGCAGCCCGCGGGCGCCACCGCGCUUAGUGCGCGGGAGCGGCGCGGCGGCGGGAGGCGGCUGCGCGGCGCGGCGGGGGUCGGGGCCCGCGGCCGCCCCCGCCCUGGCGGCCCCCCGCGCCCGCGGGCGCCGCAUGGCGCGGGCCUGAUGCGGGAGCGCAGCCCGGCGGCGCGGCGGCGCGGCACGGCGACGGCGGGGCGGAGGAGGAGGAUGGCGGGGCUGGCGUGGAAGUGGCCGCGGACGCGGCUGCCCGUGGGCGCCAGCGCCCUGGGCGUCUUUGUCCUCUGCUGGCUCUACGUCUUCCCCGUGUACCGGCUGCCGGACGAGAAGGAGAUCGUGCAGGGGGUGCUGCUGCAGCAGGGCAAGGCGUGGAGGAGGAACCAGACCGCCCUCGCCGUGUUCAGGAAACUCCUGGAAGAAUGUUGUGACCCUGGUCAGCUCUUUGCCAUGACAAAGCAGAACUCCCCCAUGGGAAAGAAUCUCUGGUUUGAUGGGGAAUUGUUAUAUUCUUUCACUAUUGACAAUGCAACUUACUCUCUUUUCCCGCAGGCUACACCCUUGCAGCUGCCAUUGAAGAAAUGCUCCGUGGUGGGAAACGGUGGGAUUCUGAAAAAGAGUGGCUGUGGCAAACAAAUAGAUCAAGCAGAUUUUGUCAUGCGGUGCAACCUUCCUCCUCUUUCCAGUGAAUACAGUAAGGAUGUUGGAUCUAAAACCCAGCUGGUGACUGCAAAUCCCAGUAUAAUUCAGAAAAGGUUCCAGAAUUUGCUUUGGUCUAGAAAAGCGUUUGUGGACAGCGUUAAAGUGUAUAAUCACAGCUAUAUCUAUAUGCCAGCCUUCUCGAUGAAGACAGGGACAGGACCCUCCCUACGUGUCUAUUAUACCCUGGAGGACUUCGGUGCCAAGCAGACGGUGCUUUUCGCCAACCCCAAUUUCCUGCGUGACAUUGGCAAGUUCUGGAAGAGCAAAGGUAUCCAUGCCAAACGGCUUUCCACGGGACUUUUCCUAGUCAGUGCCGCCCUUGGCCUGUGUGAAGAAGUAACAAUUUAUGGCUUCUGGCCUUUCUCAGUGGACCUGCAUGGGAAGUUUAUUAGCCAUCACUACUAUGACAAUGUCUUGCCCGAUUCUGGAUUCCAUGCCAUGCCAGAGGAAUUUCUACAGCUCUGGUUUCUUCAUAAAAGUGGUGUCCUGAGAAUGCAGCUAGAACAAUGUGAGGACCCUUUAAUCUAGUCUGCUGCCUAAGGAUUGUAGGGGUCGGUUUGGGAGAUCCAAUAGUUUUUAAUUUUCAUGCCCUCCAGAAAGAGGACUCUGUUUUCUGUUGAUCCUUUUUGAAGGGAAGAAUAAUUACGGAUUUGCAUGGACCAUAAAAAUGCUACUUGAAGGCCAAACGGAAAACGUCCUUAAUGUAUAAUGUUCUAUGGAACUGGGGUGAGGGGAAAAGAAUCUCCCCAUGGAGUCCAUUCAGCAGUACUGUGAAACUAAUGUCGAAAGCAACAUAGCUGAACUUUCUGGGUGAUGUUUUUAAAUGACCAAUGUAAAAGGGCAUUAAGACUCAGAGAGAAACAGGGCCACCCACGAGCUUUUGCUGACAGUGCCAAAUAUGACUGUCUGUUCAAAAAUCCAUUUCAUUCCAGAUUGGCACCUCACAACUUUCUUACCCUUUUUCUUUUUUUUCUCUAUGUAGGAGCGUGCGUGUGUGUGUGUGUGUGUGUGUGUAUGUACAUAGGAGUGUGUGUGGUUUCCUCCUUCUUUCUUUCUUUUUCUUUUUCUUUUCUUUUUUGGUAGAGGGAAGGAAGGAAAAGCUUGAAAGCCACAGGAGCCGCGUAUCAUCAGCUCCACCAAUGACUCUUGGGAGAAUUAAGGGUGCUGAGAAUCUGGUAGAAAAAUGUCUUAGGAAUGCCCUGCUACUGAGCAGGGACAGACCUGCUUGUUGUAGAAUUUAUCAGGGUAGUUUAGGUCAUUGCACGUGUAGUUAUGCUAAUUCUGUAUCAUGGGCAAGAGCUGGUUAAGGGAAACUGUGUUGAAAAUAAAACUUGCAUUGUGCUACAAAAAAAAAAGAAAAAGAAAAAAGAAACAUUAAAUACACUCUGGUUUAAGUUGGUCUGUUACAAGAUUUCCGCACUGACUUUUGUAGUAGGGGUUGCUCCUGACCUGUUUUGUUGUCUAGCCUUUGGGAUUAAUUCUGUAUUCGUUUGGACUCCAGACACACGUUGAUUGUCAAGGGGAUAUGAGGUGUUCAGUGGAAUGCAGAAGGAGGUUCUUCAUUUGCUUAUAGCAGAAAAAACUGCAGAAAUGAAUGUAAGUGUCAUUUAAAAUGAGCUGAAAAUUCUUUCUCUGUGUGACUAGCUCUUCUUCUGUUUGGAUUGUAAUGUUGGCCUUAAAGACUUGUACUUUUCUUGCAAGAUUGUCUCUGGUCAAAGAUAGUCUGAAAAAUAAAACAGCCUUUGGGAGCACUCAGAAACUACAUAGCCAGCAGGAAAAAAAGGAAAUGCUAAGUGCUUAUGUAAUGCAGUAAUUCUCCUUGCAAUCAGUGAAUUAUGUAAGGGUACACGUUUCACUUAGGCUGCUCUAGUCAGUGCAGUGCCUAAAGGAGUGUUUUAUUUUUGGUUAUUAAUUGGAGAGCAGAUGAUCCUAUUGCCAUGUAAAUGAGAAAUGUUUUUGUUUGUUUGUUUAAGCACUGUAGGACAAGAAGAGAAUACUAGUUCACUCUACAGUGCAAUUUCUGCUGCAAGGUGUUAUCACCAUUGACUUUUAAAUCCAGAUUAGUGUACUCUUUCUCAUACUUCCAUCAUUAGUAGCUGAAAUUCUAGUCAAGAUGUUGAAACAACAAAACUGUUACCAGGUUUCCACAACAAUUUCCUGUGUUACCUGUUUUAGCUCCAAAGUGCUAGUAUUUUGGGGGAUGCGUCCUAUCAUAUGUUGACAACCUCUCUCUUUGUAGAAUGCCAGCUACAAGUUAUAUAGAUAUCAUUAAAAAAAACAGAAACCGUGACUCUUCUUUAAAUAUGAAUAAUUUAGCUAUUACUGUAGGACACUGGAAAAAAAAGCAUUUUUGCUUUUUAAACCUGCAUUUCAGAAUAAAAUCCUCUUUCUAGAAAUUAAUUUUCCAAAUAUAAAGUGGGCAUUUUUCCACAGGAUUAUAGUGCAGUUCUAAACUGUAAAGUGGAGAUUUGGAUUAAAUGGUGUUUUAGAGAUUGGUCUGGUAAAAUCUGAAUGUGCUUCUAUAACCCAUUUUAUCUUUGUCCAUAUUUUUUAAAAAGUGCAGUCAACACACUGAUGGAAUAUUGCUUCAUCAGAUAAUUCUUUCACUUGGGUUGUGUUUGUUGUAUUUACAAUAUGGGUACUCAGGGAGAGAGGAUCUGAAACUGAAGUAUUUUUUUACUGCUUGUUACAGCAAGUUUUUACUGAGCUGCCUUUCUUGGAGAACAACAGAUGACUGCAUGGUUUUCAUUGUACAUGCCAAGUUUUGCACUUUUUAAUGCUUUAAAGAAGACAUUAUCUAUGAGGACAACACUCAAAAUAGGAUGUGUUAAAAUGGCAUUUCAGAGGAUACCAGCAUUUCCUUGGGGGUGGUGGGAAUGAGGAGAGUAGGGAAAAAAUGCCCCUUUAUUGGCCCUUUUGGUAUUUGGAAAUCCUUUCUCCCAUGUUCUGGGAAAAUAACCUGGUUAGAAGAACAAGAGAAAAGAAGUAUUUUUCAUAGGAAAAGUCAAUGCAGUGUUGCAUAAUGCCUGGUUUGUUUAUUUUCAACCAGCACCCUGGGGAUCUGAAAAUGUUGUAUUCCCCAUCUCUGUAUGACUGAAGCAGACUGAACCUGUAGCCUGUGGUCUUUCUGAGUCCUUUUUGAUGUCCAAAAUCCUGAUGUUUGCAAGGAGAUAGUUUUCAAAAAAUGAGGGGGCUAGAAGAAGCCCAAGCUGUGUGUGAUACCCAUGAUUAGUGUCAGAAGACUUGAUAAUUCUGGCUCUAUUCACAUUUAUCUGUAGUGAAUAUAACUGGAUCUUACAAAGACAGCCACAUUUGACAGGACAGUAAAGGUUUCAAGGUUAAAUAACUUUCUAUAACUUCCAAGAAAACAGGCAGCUUGGGGAAGGAGAGAAACAAAAAUAAAUGCCCCUUUUGAGAGAAAGACUGCAGUGUGAGCUCAACAGAAGACUGUGUAAGUUGGCUGACUUGUCAGUCCAACAAACCUACUGGCCAGCAGCGGCCUUUUGCCCAGCAAGUAGAAAGGGACACAGGAGGGCCCUGAAAGUCUUUUGUGGCAAGAGCAGUGACAGUAAAAAUGAAAAGCAGCUGGGGACGUGAGAGUGGCAGCUGUGUGACAAAAAUCUUUGAGGAAAUAGGCUCUCUCCGUUCUGCUGCUCACAGCGUAAAGCUUGCCUUGUUCACAUUUCAGGGUAGUGGGAUCCAGGUAUAGGGCCGCUGACGUGAAAUACAGAGUUGCAUGCAGUUGGAUUGAUGCUGUCUGCCUCUUUGGGAGGGAGGCCGCACCAUAAGAUGGGACUGUUCUUCUGCUUAAACACAGGUGCAAUCACAUCGAGGAAGCUAACUGUUAACCAUGAGAAACUAGCAUCCCAUGGUCAUGGCAAACUUUGGACAGAGCAGUUAUAUCCAUCUGUUAUAUCCAUCCCUACUGAUUGAUCACAGCGCAAUUGUGCACAGUGCAGUCGUUUUGAUAGCAGUGCCCUUAAUCAAAUCUCAGUGCUUGUGUUGCUGUAUUUUCCUUGAAGUGAAUUGAAAUCUUAAUGUUUAUUUUGUAAGUGAAAUUCAUGGCUCCAGCUUCUCCGUUUACCCUGCCAGUCCCUGAAUUUCUCUGAUAGUGUAAUUAAAGCUACACAAGUCUUUGCCAGGGUGAAAACUACUGCAAUUCAUCUCCCAUAAAACCCAGUCCAGACUUGCCAAAAGACUUGUUAAUGUACUUCGAUAUUAAUUUUGUCAUAGAUGUGACAGGGUGCAGAAACACUAGAAUCAUUGCUCUGCAUGGGAAAUAUUGCUCCUAGAUUGUGAGUAGAAUGAAUUAAAAUCCCUUUACAAGAGGUGUGCCUGGAAGAUAUUCAGCACUGAAAUCAUUCCAGGUAAAAUCUUUGUAAUGUGUAUAUGCUUUUGAGUAAAUCAGGGCCAAUGUAGGAACUUGUGCCAAAACAACAUAAAACUUCUCAUUUCUGUUGAUUAUGAAUCUUGUGGAGCCCAUUCUAAAACAGACAAGCAAUAAGAGCAAGCAAAAUAAAACCAUGAGGAGGGGGGAUAAUCAUGACAAUAAAAGCAUUUAUAAAUUGCCACAGACCUUGCUGUAAUUCUAAGGACCCUUAUUCAUGAGCGAUGUAUUUUUGUAUUUUUGCUGAAACAAAGAUAGCUAGUUUGGGCUGAACCAGCUACAAGAGUCAAAGGUCCAAGCCAUUGUUACAGCUUCACUUUUGUAGAAUAUGGAAGCAUUAGCUAUUUUGUUAAUGUGACUACUUUCACGCCUUUUGUUAGCUUCAUCAAAAUGGUGUCAUAACAUGUACUGCUGAGUGUGUACCUCUGUGAAAGGUGGAACUAAGUGCAGCAUCUGUUUUUUUUUUAAAAAAAAAACUAUAUUUGCGCAGUAUGGUAGUUACAUGCAACCCUUCCCUCUAUACAUAUGUAUAGACAUCUGGUUUAAUAUCUGGGUCACCCUUUCCUAUGAUUAACAACGAGAACGGGAGUGAGGAAACUUGAUCUAGAAGUCGAGAUGAUGAAGGCAAAUGUAUCUGACUAAUUGCUGCCUGCCUAGUGCUCCUCUUCAGCUUGAUAGAUUAGUAGGUAUUGGAAGUCCAAGUAGUAUGAAGGACAGGCAGUUCUUGAAGAGCUGGAUGAUGCUGGAAAGAUUGAAGAUCAAAUCAGUAGUGCAACAAAUUGCACUCUAGCAGUUCUUGAUAAAGAUCCCUGGCUCUAAGCAACCAUUGGAUAUUUUCUUCAGGUGGUGACUCUGAAAAAUGGACUACCUAUGACCUACCUUAUGGUUUCCUGCAGAAUGGCAGCAAAGCAAAAUGUGAUGGCAGCUAUUGCUAUAAGUGAAACUCUGAUUAAACAGAAAGAGAAAUUAGAAUGAAGAAUGAUAAUGAAAAAUCCUUCUUUACAGUCUCUUCUCUCCUUCCAUUCCCCCCAAAACAGAUACAUAAAUGGUCUGACCAGCUUAUUAUCCUGAGUCAUCAUCACCUUCAUAAAAAGAUUUGGUGGAAUUUCCAUUAGUUGAUGCUUUCUGGUAAACAAAAUUCAGCGGACCUUGUCCAGGAGUCCUUGGUCCCCUGUUUGAUGAAUGUGCAGUGGAUGCUUUGAGGACUGUGGCUACCCUAAAGUGCUGUGACCUUCCUGUUCCUAACGUUGUGUGGUUCCAUCAGAUCUCCCUCUGAUAUCCCCUGCGUUUGUAUGAAUGACCCAAGAGGUCACUCCAAAGGAUUUCUCUUCCCUCUCCUUCCUGAUGACCAUCCUCCUUGGGGUUAGAAGUGUGAUUUAAAAAAUCAGCUACAAGGAAGCUAAUAUACUCUGCCUUUUUGAACCAUCUUUUCUACUAAAGUGAUUGAUAAAUCUGAUGAAAGCUAGCUAGCUCCGAAUCCAAAAUAUGAUUUCCAUUUAGGUUUUGAUAAUUCCAUCACUGGAGACCAAAAAGAGGGUGGAAGAAGGCUGUGUUUUUAAAGCAAUAGCAAUUGCUUUAAAAUAACUUCCGUUUCCUUGAUUUCCCAGAUUUUGUCAUGUGGAAUCUGCCAAAUGUUUCACUUUUGGUAGUUUUUAAAGUGCACAACUGAUUAAAGGCCUACUGGCAUGUUAGUUUAAUAUUAGCAAACUGGUUUUCCCCAAAGAAAUACAAAUACCAACAGGAAGUUCAACCUGUUCUCCCUAGCUGAUAUUUCCUCAGCAGCAAUGGGAAGUGAAGCAGUUACUUAUUCAUCCCUGAUUCUUCAUAUUCUUCAUAUUCUUCAGUUUUUAUUACUGCACAUUGAGCCCUAGUGUAUUCAACCUCUUAAGCUUAGUGAAUGCUUAAAAAUGAAUCUCAUUCUCUUUUCAGCUAAAUAGAAAUUGUGUUCUUAAUUAGAAGUUGUUGCAUAGGUUCCCUCUGCCAUUGGAGGAGGGAGACGAGCACUCCACAUAGUGAUUCAUGUUUUUUCUGGACAUGGACUGCAUGCUCUGAAGUCUGCUUGGGGCUGUGAAAACACCCAGGCUGUGGCUGCAAGGCUAACCUGUAAAGGGCAGGCCACAAGCCUGAGCACUGGCCCAUAGGCCAUACAGUUUGCCUAUGCGCAUACUGGUGUGGUUUUGCCCAGUGCCAACGAAUGCUGUUCGAAGUGGUGCCCCAGUGUCAGCUGGGGGCCAGCCCAGCUCAGCAGUGUGGACGCAAACUGGCGUGCGCUUGGGGGCAGCAAAGAGUCCUCCUGUAAGUCCUGGGGUGCAUUCAGGACGGUGCUGCAUAAGGAGGAGGCUAUUGAGCUGCUGGGAUGUCGUGGUCACUGGAGCAGCUCCGUUUGGGUCUGCUGUGGCUAGAUUCAGCGAGUGACGUUGUAAAGCAGGUCCUAGAUAACUGGCCCUGCGGCAAGGCCAGCGCUUUUCUGCUUCCCCUGCACAAGUGCUGGGCAAGUGCAUGGGGAAUGAGCAAAGCUCGCUCCUUUGGCGACCAGCCGGUUUCUUGCCCUGAAACGCUUUCAAUCUCUGGCAAGUCUCAGAAGGACCUAUUAAAACUGCAUCUUAAAGUAAUUUACGUGUACUCCCUGCUGUGGUGGAGCUGGUCAGCUUUCUGUUGAGCUGAGUAUUUAUUCUGUCUCAGUCCCACUGAGGCAAGUGAAGCUUCACAGUCAGAUCACCCAGCAUUUUCUAUUUAAUUUGGCAUUUUCACCUUUCAAGUUAAACCUUUUUUUCUUUUAAACUAGAUUUAACAAUUGUGAAUUUAAAGGGAGCUAUAAGAAAGUGCCACCACAAAUAAGUGUUCUCUGGUUUAUGAACAGGCCACUGUUGAAUAAAACAUAGAAGUACUUUUUGAAGAGUUCCUGUUGAUUUCUGAUUGUACAUUCAAUGGAUUGUUUUCCUCAGAUGGGGUCCACAGCAAAAAUGAGCUGCAUCGUUGUCUUUUCAGUUUAUUGGAAAGCAGUCAUUACAGAUACCUCAAAUGUUUUAAACUAAGCAAGAAGUCAGGAAAUUCACAUAUUCCCUGUGAAGCUUUGUUAUUGUUUGAUUACCUUCAUAAUAAAGGAAACACUUUCACUAAAAAAUUAGAUGCACAGAAGAAAAGAGAUUCUGGUUAGAAUAAUAUCGUCUGCAAUACUGAGACCCUGAUUCAAGUCCCUGCUCAAUAUCAGGCAUACAGAGGUCUUGAACUAGCAUUUCAGCAUGCUGCAAGAGUGCCACAACCCCGAUCUCUUUUUCUGUCUGCAUGUAUUAUUUCUGGAGAAAAUGCUUGAAAACUUUAUUUAUAAUACUUAUAUGCAAUGAAAAUAAAUACUUUUUUCAAGAGGAGAAGUUUUCUUUUUGGAUACCCUUAACUUUUAGUAUGCUGAGCAAAACUGACAGAAGAUAACUAGUUUCCAGGCUUUUGGCAUCGUCUGUCAGGGCUGCUGCAUACAUGUGAGUUGACUGCUGCCUCUUGAAUUCUGGAGUUUCAGCAGAUGAUACCCAAUGUGCUCCACUGACCAUAAAAAAAAAAAAAAAAAAAAAGACCUUUUAUCCGCAGCUCUGCUGGCUUAAUGUCUCACCUAUCCUGAGUGAUAUUUGUUAGUUCUAUAAGGGCUCUUGUGCUGGGAAUUGUGCACAAGUAUGGAUUUUGAUCCUGAAGCUCAUACAUUGACUGAUUUUGUAGGACUUGGACCUUGGAUGUACUGAAAACUGAAAUGAGUGCUGAAAUUCAAACAUUAUAACUCACUCAGUGAUUUGUAACUUCAAGAGGUUUAAAAAAUAUAUUUACUGAAAAAAAUCACAUAUUGUGUAUGUGAAAAAUGAUCUCAUUUCUUGCUGAAAUGCACCAAUAACCAUGAACAGUCUCUAUGCCAAGACAUAUGUGAGUUUUUCUCCUGGUUUCAAGUUAUUAGGCAUGUCUAGCUUUGUACUCAAGCCUCUUCUUCUGCACGAAUUCCAAUUGUAGAUUACUCCAUGUAGUGUCCUUAGAUAAAAAAAAUGAAUGUCAGAUUCCAAAUGUAGUCAAAAAGGAAGAAAAAAAUUAGGAUAGCGGUUCUGAUCUUCUUUUGAAAUCUAUUACUGUUUAUCUACUGCCAUUUAGUAGUCGUGUUUGAAGAACUAGGCAAAGAUCAGAAUAGGGGUAAAGAUAAGGGGAUAUAAGAAUAUAUUUAAAUGCUUUGCUAAAUCAGGACUUAAAGUUAUUAAGAGACAGUAGGCCUCUGUUCUUUCUCCUCUCUUCCCCUUGGUUCUUGCAGUACCCGCUGAGUUCAGAAGCUGUUUAAGGUCUAGUCUGCGCCUUCUGCUGACUACAGUGAACUUUUCUCCAGCCUCUAAAUCUAAAAACAUAGAAAAGAAACAUAAAACACUUCAGGUUUAUUUAUACUGAACAUGAUCCUGCUUGCAUGCAGUAUUUCAUGUCCUUCUAGCACUACUCACUGUGUUAACUCAGAAUUGAAGAGAAGGCUUUCUUAUUUCUGAUACCACUUCUCCCAGAAUGUUUGGUCUCUUUCUUCCUGCUGUGGUUUCUCUAUCCGGUGAAUAGAGAUAAUAUUUAGCUCUCUUAGAGGUGUUUGGAGAGUUAGUUAAGUCAUUUUUGGAAAGUGAUGUGAAGAAGCAAAAAUGCUCUAAAAUAUAAAGGUUCAACUGUUUUGAAGAGUGAAAACAAGCAAACGAAUAAACCCUUUUAGUCAACUGAAUUUAUGCUUCCAUGUUAAAAUCCAGCCUCGUUGUUAGUAAGUACAACAAGAGCAUAACCUUCAAAUAAUGCAUAGCUUUUUAAGAAAGUGAAUAGUCAUGCAUUUUAAUGGGAAAAGAAAGUUUUUUCUCUGCCCAGACCCUCAAUUUACACGGCAAAAUCUGCUGUCUUCUAGUGUUCUGACUUUUGUCAAGUUGAUAGAAUUGUAUGGAUUUUGACCAGCUGUCUCUUCACAAACCUGAAGGAAUUCAUCCUAUGAAAAUUUUAAUUUAAAAUAUUUUAAAGCAGUGCUAGAUUAAGCUACCUAGUUAAAGAUGCCUAUUCUGUAAGCUACUAAUUUUCUUCCACAAGCACAAAUCAGGUGUACUUCAUGCCAUUCCUUGGUUGUUGUUAUAAGGCAGAUAUCUUACUGAAUUUCAAACAUCUGCUGCACUAAGGUAUCACAAUCUGAAAUCAAAUCAUGCUCUAAAUCAUGUCUUGUAUGAGAAACUGUUUCAGCAAGUUGCAUGGAAGUGAUGUGUAUGCUGCUCUGCCUGUCAAGUAUAUUGUAUGAGCCAAGUUAAAAUGAAAAAAGGAUUUUGCUACAGUGUGAAGCCUCGCCACUGUAUUGCUGUAUCUCAGAAUUAGAUAUCCUCAAAUAACUUAUUGUCCAUGAUGGAUAUGAAUCCUGCUAAUGUUUCUACUCAUCAUCAGAUAAUUUUGUUAAACUUUAAUGAGGCAAUGAUAUGACACCCACCGCUCUGCCCGCUCUUCAUCUGCAAUUUUUCUUUUCUGAUAAUUUUUUCAGGGGAGAAAUCUUUUUUAUCACGUUUUCUUUUCUUCUAGAAUUUUUUAUCUAAGGCUCAAUUCUAAUUUCAGAUGCUGGUCAUGUUAAAAAUGUGGGUUUUAUGCUUUCUUCCUAUGUGUGCACAGUAUCUUCUUUUCAUGACACUACAUGUGAUGAAAGACAAUGAAGUCUUGACAAACUCUCUGAGAACUGAAAAUUGUUCUGGUUUUCAUAAAACCCAAUCUGGUUAUAAGCAUCAUUUGUUUCUACUCUAGAUUGCAUGCAGUCAAAUUUUGAAUCUUGUCAAUAAUCUUUAGUGGUCUCAUAGUCAAUCAGGCAUCAGUAAAAUACAAAUUCAUUUCCAAAAUUGCUUUCAAUUUCAAUGAAAAAUAAGGAGUUUUUAAUAAACCUUAAUAAUGAUCUAUUCUGUAGGGAUGAGAAAAUAUUUUUCAUUUUCAUUGUAUGCCUCAUGACAGUUACUAACUUGGACAAGGAUAUAAACAACUCCGAUCGAUAUUAGUCUAGUUGUUUUCUGGCUUUGGUACUCAUACCCUUUUCCAUUGGUCUUUAUUCUUUUUUGUUUCUCCUUUUGUUUGCAUCUUUCUCUGAGAAUAUGUCACAGAUUCUUAUGGGAAAUGUAUAUCACGUAGAUAGCUAAGAUAAUGUCCUAUCUCUAAAUAUGCAGAACACCUGUAUAGAGCAUAAUAUCUGAGAGGGCGAUUUUCCAUGUUUUUUCACCUGUGAAUUAGUUUGUCUUGUAUGCAUCCAAUACCUAAAUUAUCGCUAUGUGUAAUGUAAAGGAAUUGUGCUUUGUAAAGUGUCUGUUACUCUAGGGUGUUUACUAGUAGUCUGCAUUUUAAAUGAAGGGGGUUUGUCCUCUCCUUGAGGGACAUAUUUCUGGGUCAGAAAAUGAGACAGUGAGCACUGUUGCCUGUGUCUUGUCUUGCGUGAAUUUGAGCACCCGUGCUGGGGGCCUGACCAUGGAUCUUGAACCUCAUGGGGCUGUAGGAGAAGCUCUGGAGCGCAGCCAGGGCCAGGCCUUAUGUUGAGGAGUGGGGCUAGUGGGAUUUGGGGCACUCCUGUGAGUUGCCAGGUGGCCACGGUCUGGCUGUGAGGAGAAGAGAGCUGUUGGUAGUGGCUGAAGGUGAUGGGAAGCCCAGCUCGAAAUGUCUGGCAGGGUCCCAGCCCCACUUGCCAGGCACCAUGUGGGAGCCAUGACCUUCACCUGCCCCCUCCGAGGCUUGCGGCGUGUGUCUUGGGGCGCUCAGCCCCAGGGAGCCUUCCCGACCCCACUUGGAAGGGUAGUCUUGAUGGCCAGGUUUGAGUCUUAGAAACAGCCUCCCCACUGGGCAUGGUGGAGCGGGGUGACAUCGCCCCAUGCAUGGGCAGAGCGGCCCAUCGCCAGGGCCGGUGCUGGGAAGCUGCUGGCAAGUAAACGCUCACCUGGCUUUGGGGCACAGAGCCCCAGGUGGUGCUGUGAGCCCAGAAACCUGCUGACGGAGGAGCCUUUGAAAAGCAGAAGAAACUUCAAGUAUAACUGCUAUAGCAAUCAAAUAGCAACUACUCUUUUUCUUUUGUGGUGGAAAGCAAGAUAGUGCAAAGCAUUGUCCUGUCUUACUUUAGCCACUUGCAGGUCAAGAUCACGAGGGUCAAUAUGCAGACAGUUUGCUGAAAACCCUGGUUUGCACUCCAAGCAUAGGAUAGAAAAGUGUCCUAUUUUCAUUUAGAAACCUAGAUUGCUGAACUUUUUUAACUUAUUUAAGGAAGAACAUGGAUUUCUAAGUUACCAAAUGAAAUGUGGUAGAGUCAUUUUCACCUCCAGGUCUGCAGUUCAUGAUGACACAGAAAUUAUAUGUUCAUGUGUAACUUCAAGGCCUUUUAAAUUGUUCUUUUUCUUAUGCAUACAAUAUACUUUGCUUCAAUCUGUGUCAGUACUGAUUUCAUCUUGCUAUUUCUGAAAGCUCAAGUGAAAAACAAACAAAGAUAUGAGAGAAACUAGAGUUGCCUAGCUGUGAUAUUUUUAUAGAGUGGUACAUUGCUUUGAUAAUGAACUGUGGAAUAUAGCAUGCAGGUGAUGAUGAAUGUAAAAGACUGCAUGUGAUCUUUUUUAAUGUUGUGUCCAUGAGCUGGAUAUUAGUAUGAGCUUUGUAUUGUAAAGAUACUGAAAAGUCAAAUGAAAAGGAGAAGAUACUUCUAGUGAUUUUUAUACAUAACCCUCUUUCAUCUGUCUCCCUUUUCAUGACCAGGAUGCAGAUUCUAGUAAUGUAAGCUUUAUCAUUAUGAUAAAGACAGGAUCAGACUCCUUCCCGGACUUGGGCUCACAGGGCUACGUUGGCUGGGAGAUCAGUCUGACAUGGUAACAACUCCAUGUUGUGUGUUUCUAGUCCACAGACUUCAAUAGUCUGUUCUUGUGCCAGGAAAUAAGUGAAUGUGUUUUGGUACUAUUUGCUACUUGCUUAUGGCUGGAAACCAAAGUGAAAGUGAAAGUACAGCAAACUCACGUCCAUUUGUUGUAGGCAUACACACACACACACACAUAUACACACAAGCAUGCAGGUCCAGGAGGAGUUUUGAGUUUGCCUAGAAACAGAAGUGGGCUGGACAAAAGUUUUUCAAGAUUGAUUAUUAAUUUUGCAUUUACCUGAUUGAAGUAUUCAUGAGAAGUCAGUGAUUUCUGCCAAGAGAGCGCCCAGCUGGCUCAUCAUCGGGGUUGUACCAACUCUCUGCUGUUUUGGUCUGUGAUCUAAAUAGGGUAUUUGAACCAAAGCAGCCCAGGAAGCAUCGCUUGAAGGGUUGCAAUUGGCUUUGACUUGCCUUUGCCUGUAGCUGCAAGGACCCUGCUGUCCCCUCCCUGUUGCACCGCAGUUUGCAAGGCUAUGAGAUGGGCUUGUUUGCCCAGGGUGACCCUUCCUGCUGAGGGAGUACUAACACAAGUGAGACUUGAAGCAAGGGUGAAAUGCAGCUUAAUCUGAAAUGCCAUAGACCUGUCUUUGGCAUGAGCCCAGCAUGUGGUUAAAACAAGCUGACUUGGGAUCAGUCUGUGGUUUAUAUUGAUGCUGGUAUAAGAGGUCCCAGGCAGGGCUGACAUAAAGUGUCUUCUGUCUCUUUAGGGACUGGGUGUAACUGCAGUCUUUGCUCCCUUGAACAGGAGUGGUGUCAGCUAGUAAUGCUGGCCAUUCCUAAAGGAGCAAGGUGAUGUGGGACUUCAGUGUUGGCUGGUGAAUUUUACGCUUGCAUCAUACCAGUACUUUGAUUUCCAUUCCUUCUUAUCUUGCCCGGUUUAUUGAAAAGUGUGAUGGUAAUGUAAUAGUUCGAUGUCUUGAGAUGGUUUUAAAGUGGAUAAGCAAACUAUUAUGCCUCUGAGGUUGUGUAAUUCCAGGGAUUCAUUUUAUCUCCAGUGACUGAAAUGUAAUAGUUAUUGUAUCAUUUAUGAUGUAUGUAAGCUUUACAGGCUGGAUGUUGUGUCAAAAUGACGUGAACGCUUGGAUAAGUGUCUCCUUGAAUCACCAUCAUUUUGGCACGCUCAGGGGCAAAGGUAUUGUGUGGAGUGUGUUAAACAUCACAAAAUGUAUUGUUGUUUAGAGUCUUGUGAUUAGGACUUCAAUCUACUUCUUUCCAAUGUAGCAAAUGUUUGCUGACGGCUAACACUGUUACGAGGACUAAGGGGUUACCUUUCUUUGCCUGGCAAUAAUGUAUUUUCUAUUAUGUCAAUAGAGUCUGUUCAUUUUCAAGUAGCGUGAAAUUCUCCUUUAAAGAAUGUCUCUUUUUCAGGUGGUUAUGGUGACUGUACCCAAAAAUGUGUAGAUGUCUCUCAAUAGCAAAGAUAUCUUUGUUAUUGAAUGUAUUAUUUAUUAACAGUAUAUUGUUGUCUUUUUCUAGUCGCAUUUUACAAAAUAUAGCAUAAGCAUCUCGUGAUUUUUAUAAGGAAAGUCUUAUUUAUAAUAUUUGUGCAAGUGGACAGAAACUAAUCUCAAUUUUAUAGUAAUCCAUACCUUUUUUCAUAGUUGAAGAGUCUUAAUGAGCAUGAUCAGAAGGGACAGACUUUUUUUUUUUUUUUUUUUUAAUUUUGAUGGAACCUUUUCAAAGAUAACUGUUAUGUUAUUUAUAAUUUGGAUUUAAUUACCUUAACAAAUAAAUAUCUCCAUUUUAAGAAAUGAAAA